AUUGAGACCAUCGGUGACUGCUACUUCGUGGCUGGGGGCCUAGAGCUGCGACUAGAACUGAGAAUGGGGAUUCCACCCGGUGGUGUGCAGGCCAUGCUGGUCGCUGCCUCUGCCGUCUCGCAGCCCACCACGGGCGAGCCGGUGCAGGUGCGCGUGGGCAUACACAGCGGCCCCGUGGUCAGCGGAGUGGUGGGAACACGCAUGCCGAGGUUCUGUCUGUUUGGGGACACUGUAAACACGGCCGCCCGCAUGGAGAGCACGGGAGAGGCGGGGGCAAUACACGUCAGC